AUGGGAGGUGUCGAGAAUGGGGAUGCUGAACCUCCUGCUGCCGAAAUGCAGCAGGACGAUGCGACCACCACUUCAGCACCUGCGCAUGCACCUGCGCCGGCAUUGCAGGUCAUUAUUCUGGGUUCCGGUGGCGGCCCCUUGGAAAGUAACACUACGGCCUUUCUCGUCCGCGCCCUUGCCACGGGAUGGCAAAGGUCAUCCAUGGUCGCCGUCGACGCAGGCGUUCACCUCGCCGCCAUCUCCAACAUUCUCCAGCAAACACAGCCGCAGAACAUAGCGCAACUGAAGAUGCCGCAUAUCCUCGAGAGUGGCCCGUUCGCGGGCAUCGAGGUACACACCGCGUCCCCUGCCGCGAACGCAGCUCACAUCGCUCGGUCCCUUGUCGACACCUACCUCAUCACGCAUCCUCAUCUUGAUCACAUAGCUGGAUUUGUCGUCAACACGGCUGGCCUGCCUGGCGGUCCCCGUCCAAAGCGCCUGGCCGGGCUACCAGCGACGAUUGAGGCUUUCAAAAAUCAUAUCUUCAACAAUGUCAUCUGGCCGAACCUCUCCGACGAAAAUGACGGCGCCGGCCUCGUCACCUACACUCGACUCGUUGACGGUGGCAGCCCGGCUGUUGGAGAAGGCGAUGCUCGUGGCUACCUCGAAAUCGCCGAGGGUAUUGCCGUCAAAGCCUGCUCUAUAUCACACGGACGUCCCAUCGAAUCUCCACCACACCGCAAUUCGCAGUCGUCAACCAGCGGCACGCCUGUGCGCUACUCGUCCUUCGACGCCUCCUCCAUGGCAGCGGCGCCUGUUCACGUCCAGCAGCAACAACUACACCACCACUUCUCACCGCGAUCCUUCCAUCACCCAACAGCCACACUCCCCCCAACACCUGGCCCCCGCGCCUCCUUUCCCAUCCAGCAACACUCUCAACACUCGCAACUCCCGCCGUCCUCAUACAACGACCCUGCUCAUACUGCUUCCGUCUAUGACUCAACUGCGUAUUUCCUGCGCGAUGUGGCAACGGGAUCCGAGGUUCUUAUAUUCGGUGAUGUCGAACCUGACGCCCUUUCGUCAUGUCCACGAAAUCUGGGUAUAUGGCAGGAAGCCGCUCCAAAGAUCGCUCGACGCUCUCUGCGUGCCCUGCUUAUCGAGUGUAGCUAUGACGAUGGUCAAGCGUCAGAUCGCAUGUUUGGGCAUCUUAAGCCGAGCUUCAUUAUAGAUGAGCUGCGCACUCUGGCCGGCGAAGUUGACGUCGCGCGUGCCUCUAUUGAGCUCGAUGCCCGCACUGCUAAGAAGCGGAAGCGGGGGAACAGCGAGGCUGUAUCCGGACUCUCGCGCCGGCGGACAGGUGGUAGUAGCGGCGAUCCGGUAAGUCCCAAGACGGUACGCAGUCGGCUUGAUGAGCCGCCACCCGGUAUCGAGACACCCCAUCUCGCGACUCCCACGGCGGAGCUGUCGCUGCGGGAUCUGGAUGCGCCGCUGGACGGUGAACUGCCUACCUUUGCAUUUGACACCAGACCACUCGAGGGGCUCAAGGUCGUCAUUGUCCAUGUCAAGGACAAACUGGAUGGCAACGACCCUGGCGCCAAGAUCUUGGGCGAGUUGCUCGCGCAUGAGGAGGAGGCUCGGCUCGGCGUGGAAUUCAUUGUUUCGGCGCCAGGGCAGAGCAUUAUUGUUUGA